GCGCGCCGCGGGCGGGCGGCGGCGGCGCCGCCGGUCUAUAUGGCGGCGGCUCUGUCGGGCCUGGCUGUCCGGCUGUCGCGCUCGGCCGCCGCCCGCUCUUAUGGGGUCUUCUGCAAGGGGCUGACCCGCACGCUGCUCAUCUUCUUCGACCUGGCCUGGCGGCUGCGCAUCAACUUCCCCUACCUGUACAUCGUGGCUUCCAUGAUGCUCAACGUCCGUCUGCAGUACCUGUUUUGAAGGACUAUUGGCCAGAUACUGCUCUUCAGCCUGCCUUUGAUCAUCUGAUAGAAGUGGAUAUUUGUAAAAGUCAACCCUCUCUACCUUCUAAAAGCUGUGGUGAGUUUGUGGUCAGCUGUUACCAUUUCUGCAUUUUGUGGAAAAAUUUUGAUCUGCAGGAGAAUUUCUUUUCUCAGACACUUUUUUUUUUUUCCACUUGAAACACAGUUUACAUGUAGGCCCUCAGAUGAAAGUUGCAGUAUUAAAUUUACCUUUAGAAUAAUCCUUUCUCGAAUUAGGAACCCUAGUAGUGUUAUCUUAAGUAAAAAUGAGCUUGAAAAUAUUCAGUGUAGCUCAGUUUACAGAGAGGUAAAUCAGAUAUUUCCAUUCUAGAAUGUUCCCAGUUUCUAGAGAUUGAGAUAUCUUUUACACUAAGAUUUUUCGGAAGUAACUCCUUUUGCUGUUUGUGGAUAACUUUGGUAAAGUCAUUAAAGAGUCACCCUUGUGUGUAAGUUUCUAAGGAAUCCCGAGGUGAGACUUAAAACAACCAUUUCCAGGAUUAUUGAUUGCCUAUAUCAGCUUCUAUUGUGUGCUGAAUUACUGUGCUGCGUGCUGUUUUAGUGUUUUGGGGAAAUGAAAAAUAAAAUCUCUUCUUCAGCGUAAUAAAUAUAAGUAUUUUUUUACGUGUGUAGUCUUGGUUUAUCUGGUCUCUUUAUUAAUGCUGUCUUCUUAAUUCUUAAACAUCUCUUAGCACUGAAGUGGGUUGCUGAUCUAAAAGACCGGAAGCAGAGGUUGAAAAACAAAACGUAAAGCUAGGUCAGAACUGAGCCGCUUCAGUCUCUUCACAGGGUCUAAUGAAAUAGUGCACUGUGGUCCUUUGGGAUGGUGCUUAGAUGAACCUUUGAAAAACACGAUCACCAUCGAGUCUGAAAUGACACUGUCCUGAUUGAGCAAGUAAAACUCUGGCUAAAGGACACUCCAUGUGGUGUCACCAACGGAUUGUGAAAUGAGAUGAGGACACAUUUAUUUUAAAUGUUUUAAAAAUGGGGACUGUUUCCUUGCAAGCUCUACUCCUUUUACUUCUUUACAAAAAAAACAACCAAGUCUACUCCUUUGGGAUGGAACUUUCCAUGACUCAUCAACUGUUGUUAUUUCUUUGUUUUGUAAAUUGCAAGUAUGUAAAUGUAUUCAGCCAAUUGCAGAGAAAAGUACAGAAUUCUCUAUUGGGCAUCAAAUGCUGAAGUAAUAAAUUAAAAAUGUUUUCAUGUGGUUGCAUUAAAAUAAAGUGUGUUUUUUCCUAAAAGCAGCUUUGGGGAUGUGAAAUGCAAGUAAGAGUAGUAGUGUCAGGACCUGACAUACCUCCACCCUCCCAAAGUUUUUACCAAUUCUGACAUCAGCUAUCCUCCCCAGGCCACUCUGCUUCUCUUCUGGGUUCCAUACGUUGCAGUGGUCACACAGAACUCACAGACCAUAUGUACAGUUAAAUGUCUGAUUAAGGAAGCGACAGGGUACAACUUAGGGCCAGGAUCAGGAAGCAUGCAGGCAAAGUCUGGAAGGCUCCUCUCCCCCAAGAGGAAAGCACCUGCCUCCCUUCUUCACUGCAGGACAGAGUUCUCAGCUCUCAGCCCCCUGAGGACAGGCUCCUGUUGGCCCUGCAGGCCGUGGGCAUCAACUCUGCCCUUAUAGCUUUUUUAGGAGGUUCUUUGCCUCCCCCCCUCUCCCCUUCUCUCUUCUUUCUUCCCUCUUUCUGUCUCUAAAAAACCUCUGUGGGGUCAGCUGCAUCUAUACAUAACUCUCAAUUUCAAGGCACAGCCCCUCCCAGCAGAGCUAAAAACUGGCCAAUCCCCUCUCAGAUACUUCAUUUGCAUAGUAGAGUAUAGACACUUACUUUGCAUAGUCUAUUGACCAGUCCCUGCAAGGUGCAUAGCAGUCAUAGGACAAGCUGAAGCCUAGGGCCAGAUGCAAAGUAUCAAACCAUUAGGUUUGAUUACACGGGAAAUGUGAGUAAUCAAAAAAAAAAAAAUAACAAAUGCUCUAGGGUAGAAAACUAGGGCAAAGGCUACUCCUUAGGGCUUGGGGGGAAAAGCAAGCUGUUUUUCCAAAGAACCAAGGCAAAAGGCUACAUAAACUCACGUCACGGCAGGGGAAAGGUCACAGUAACUUGUUUCUUCACAUUGAUGUUUUUGUACCCAUAUACUUAGCUGCUAUGUUUUCCUUUGGUGCUUAACUGUGUACAUUUCCUGUCAGAAGAUUCGCUCUCCUGUUGAAAGUUCUGGGGAUAGCUUUACCUGGAACUCAGGAGCAAAAGGUGACAGACAGCCCCGAAGAAACAUGAUAAAUGCUCCUUAUAUAGUGUCAUGAUUUUAUAAAAUGAAGGCCUCCUUUAAACCCUUUUAUUCGGAGGCAAUUACUACAGAAAGAAGGAGACAUUCUUGUGCAUAAACUAAGCUUCCAUGAUUGGGUUAUAAAAGGGAUCACGCCCUGGAAGUACAGAGAUUGUACGGAGCAGUUCCACUCUGUAACACGUGGGGUCGCCAUGAGUCAGAAUCAGCUUGACGGCAACAAGUUUUAUAGUUUGGGCAAUAAGAACUAAGGGAAGCUU